AACCUUAGAACUCAUCCCUUUCCUCUAGUGAUGUAGAAAGUGGUUUUCCCAGAAGCUCCUGAACGCACCGUGAGUUCUGGGCGGCAGAGUCGGUCUCUUUGAAGUUUCCAUGUCGCUGGAUCUACUUUGAGAUGACGAGUGACUGUGAGGACGGAGACUUCUGGGAGUCAUGGAUUUCACCUGUGAAGAGGAAAAGAAAGAAGAACUCGCAGAAGGACAAGAAAUGUGUCAAACGGAAAAACGCCCCCGGAAAAACAGACGAGAGCUCAAAGAAGAAGAAGAAGAAGAAGAGGAACUCUGGAUUCAAAGAGGCAAUGGGGGAGAGGAAGGAAACGAAGAAAGAGAAGAAGGGAAAGAAACAGAAAUCGUCCGUGGGGUUUGAUGACAGUUUCCUGUCCACACAGGGUUUCUCUUGUGCAGAACCAGAACCUGAGUCGCCGCAUCGCACCGAGAACGUGACCGAAGACUCCAGAAAGAAAACCAAAAGAAAGAAGAAGGUGGCGUUUGCUUUAUCUCCAGGCCCCAUCGCCAUCAAACGUCCUAAAUGUGCCUCCUCCUCGUCGCCCAAAGAGAGCAUCGCCCCGCAGAGAGGAGACGGGGGGGGCUGUUCGCUGGGGACGGGGCCGAGCCGACCGCACGACAACGACUCCCAGUGCACCAGCGACGAUAUAAACAGCCAGGACCUGUUCAUCACGCAGAAGACGUUCAGGACGUCCCCCGUGGAAUCAUCCAGCGGCGAAGCCUGUGGCAACGCUCCGACGCAGCCAGAGAGGAGGCUGCACCCGUCUCCUCAGGGAUCGAACACGCGUCUGCACGAGUCUUGUUCUCAUCAGCGUCCCAAAGAGACAAAACAACAGACACCAGUGUUAGUACACCCACUGCUCAGAGAGGAAGAGGAAGAGGAGGAAGAGGAGGAAGGGUUGUACCUGACAAAGCAAAUAUCCAAGAAGGAACCUCUUCAGACGGAGGUGAACACAAACCUCACCAGGGAGAAGAAACCGUACAGACCCAGACACGUGAAGAAGAUCCGGGGAGUGAAUCCUUUUCUGGACGAUGCGGUCGUUCUGAAGUCCAAAACAAAGACACACUCAGGUGAAUGUCCCUCAUGUCCUCUCGACACCCCCGAGCCUUCCCUGCUUCCCCAAAAAUCAAACACCUCCACACAGACGGAAAACUUCUUCACCGCAGAACUUUCCUCCUUCCUCAACUUCUGCCUGAAAAGUCCAGGGGCCGUUUGUUUUGAGGACCUAAAGCCUCUGGACCUGAGUCUGCCGCAGAGGGCGAGGAACCAGCCCGGGUGGGGUUUGUCAGGGGUCGACAUGAAACAUGACGAGGAGAAAACGUCCUCUCCACCAGACAAGAUGAGCAGUAACGGUGAGGACGCCGCCGGCCUGGCUCCGUCCCGUUCCUCCGACAUGAAGAAGGAGCCUUCAGGUCGGCAGCAGAGGAAAGUCAAAGCGACUCCAAGCCCCCAGUCGGAGUCUGAUCCCAAGUCCACAGACACGACAACGUCCAGCGAAGACAACGAAGCCACCGGGAAGCUGGACAUGACCCAGGUCCGAGCCGUCCAGAUGAGACUCAACGAGUCGUUCUUCUUCAAAGCGAAGGGAGACGGACGCUCCCACAGACCCGAGUCUCCGCUGAUGAAACUCGCUCAGGGCAGAGAGAUGAAGAGCAGGAAGAGUCACUGAGGUCACUGAGGUCAGAGGUCACUGGGGUCACGAGGACGGACGCAGAUGACGCAGGGGAAUGAAAUUCAACUUUCUGAAAGUGGCUCCUUCAUUGGUCUUUGAGAGAGAAGUUAACGGUCGUUACAGAAGCUGCAGUUUGUGGCUCUUAUUGAUUUUAAUGUAUUAAAGAGACAUUUGUAUUAUUUUCUCCGCCCCAUUUAUACCAAUGAAGUAACAGAACGUCUCUCUUUAUAAUUCAAUAUAAACUAACUCCUCUAAAGUUAAACAUUACAACCAGACUGUUGUUUUACUCUUCAUCAGUUUGAGCCACGUGUUCCUAAUAAACUGCCAACUGACCAGUAGAGAUUCAAAUGUCCCCGUUUAUGUCAAGAAUUAUUGACAUUAUUUAGUUUCUGUGUUUGGACGUUGAAUUAUCAGGUUCGAUGUUUCUAUAAAGUUGUUGCAGUGUUUUACAGGUUUGUGUCAGUUCCUUCUUUAAAUAUCAGUUUCUGAAAACUGAUAUUUAAACUGUCGUUCAGAGAUUCGUCUUUUGUUCUGUAUGAAAAACCUUUUAUCAAUUAAAGUGUAUUUAUUGAACAGGAA